CGCCGCCGUCGAGAGGAGAUGUGACUUCAGGUAACCGCACAAAUCUCUUCCCAGUGAUCCAGCUCCCGACUUCUAACCAUCCUCUCUGCGGUUCGUGUUACCUAUCUGUUGCUACCUAGAUCGAGGCGGGCGCGCAUUGACUCACCAUCAAGCAAAGAAGCGGCAGCGGCAUCCCCCGCCUGCACGGACCCGGGACCCGCUUCCCCCCCCAAGCCCUCCCCCGGUCCUGCGCCCCUCCGGCAGCCCCCCCGCCGCAGCCAGUCUGGCAGAGGGCAGCAGUGGGCAGCAUAUGUGAGACCUCGGUGGUUGGAUGCACUGGAGGAGACAGGCUUGAGAAGAGCAGGGGUCUCGCUUUUUUUCCCCCACUUCCAAGUCAUCUCCAUCACUAGAGGGCCUGGACACCCUCUCUUGCAGCCAUGGAGAACUCCUCCCUCUCUGAGACCAAUUCUUCAUGUGCAGACUGCACCGGGAGAGGGGAUGGGGGUCUGAAUAUGUCUGCUCCCCCACUGAGCCCCAGCUUCUACGUCACAGUGCCUGUCAUCUACUCAGUCAUCUGUGCUGUAGGGCUGACGGGCAACACUGCCGUCAUCUAUGUAAUCCUCAAAGCCCCAAAGAUGAAAACGGUCACCAACAUCUUCAUCCUCAACCUGGCCAUUGCUGAUGAGCUCUUUACCUUGGUGCUACCCAUCAACAUUGCUGACUACCUGCUCCUGCAGUGGCCCUUUGGAGAGUUCAUGUGCAAGCUCAUCAUCUCCAUAGACCAGUACAACACCUUUUCCAGUAUCUACUUCCUCACUGUCAUGAGCAUUGACCGCUACUUGGUUGUGGUGGCCACCACAAAGUCCAGGAAGAUGUCCUACCGCACCUACCGAGCAGCCAAGAUUGUGAGUCUCUGCGUCUGGUCCUUUGUCACAGUCAUCAUCUUGCCCUUCACUGUCUUUGCUAAGAUACACAAGGAGCAGGGGCGCUCCCAGUGUGUCUUCGUUUUCCCCCACCCUGAGAGCGUGUGGUGGAAAGGUAGUCGAAUCUACACCCUUAUUUUAGGCUUUGCCAUCCCGGUGUCCACCAUCUGCAUCCUCUAUACCACCAUGCUGUGCAGAUUGAGACGUGUACACCUCCACUGCAAUGCAAAAGCCCUGGAUAAAGCCAAAAAGAAAGUAACACUGAUGGUGGUUGUCAUCCUGGUUGUAUGCCUGUUCUGCUGGACGCCCUAUCACCUCAGCACAGUGGUGGCCCUAACCACAGACAUCCCACAAACUCCGCUCAUCAUAGGGAUUUCCUACUUCAUCACUAGCUUGAGUUAUGCCAACAGCUGCUUCAACCCUUUCCUGUAUGCCUUUCUGGAUGACAGUUUCCGGAGGAGCCUUCGCAAACUGAUAGAUUGCCGAACCACCUCAUAAAGU